AUGUCUCUGGCGUCUCCAAUUUUCAAAGUAAUGUUCAUUUCAGGCUUCAAGGAGAGCUUGACAUCUCGAGGGACCGCCAGUGAGUCGUUGAGCAUCUCGCUGCCAGACGACGAUCCUGCCGUGUUUGUCUACCUCAGCAAAGUGGUCCACUUCCAAGACCCCAAGCUUCCAAAUAACGUCGACAUUGUGUUCGUCGAGAAUCUCGCUGUCUGGUACGAUAAGUAUCAGUGUACAGCUCCUAUCGCUAGCUGCGUCCAAGCUCCGCUGGAGAAGCUCGCUGUCUCUGCAUCGGUUGAUGACCUCCACAAGGUACUUCUUGUUGCCUGUCUUCUUGAUGCGCCACAUCUAUUCUCGAGCACCUCCUGGAAGAUACUGGUCGCCCAAGAGGAACCAUUCCUGGCGGCUCCCGAGACCAUGAAUCACCCACGGAUCCCCGUGUACCUGCUCAGUGAGUGA